ACUGUUGUUGUCAGUUUUGUGUCAGUGGUGUUGUAAAAAAUAAGAAAACUUUGUGGGUUAAUCCACACCCGGUAAUAUUUAGCUAAAAAUUUCAGCUAAAUAUAAAGUAAUUAAUCAAAAAACCCUGUAAUCCCACUGAUUACAUAGCUAAUUCGACGUUAGCUAACUCAAAUCAGGAUUUCUUGACUUUGUCAUCGUAAAAACCCGAAAAAACCUGCAGCCCCCUUAACACUACGUGUUUUAAAUAACUUAAAAUGAAUAGUGUAGAGAAUCAGCUUUUGCAAGUCACGCAAGCCCUAGAAAAGCAAGUGGAUGCCACAAUUGAAAAGAUAGACAAUUUGGAUGUCAACGAUCUUGAGCAGCUUCGAAAGAACCGGAUAAAGGAACUGCAAAAGCAGGAAGAAAAGAAACGAGAAUGGUUGAAAAACGAUCAUGGAAACUAUGACGAGCUGCCUGAAGAACAACGGUUCUUUGAUGUUAUCAAAAAGUCCGAUAACAUUGUGUUGCACUUCUACACAAAUACCUCUGAAAGGUCUAAAAUUGUCGACAUGCAUUUGAAAGCCCUCGCACCCAAACACAUCGAGGCUCGAUUCACAAAGUUGAAUGCCGAAAAAUGUCCAUUCCUAUCGGAAAAGUUAAAGAUUAAGGUCAUCCCAACGAUUGUUCUAAUCCAAAAGACAAUUUUGGUGGAUAAAAUAAUUGGAUUCACCGAGCUGGGAAAUAGGGAUGAUUUUACCACAGAAGUGUUAGAAUGGAGAAUAGCGCAAAAUGGUAUAAUUAAUUAUGAAGGAGACUUGAGUGCUCCCCCAGACCAACAAGUCAUCAAAAAGUCUCGUAACUACGGCAAAAAAAUUAGAGACAGUUCUUACAACCGUGAUGAUGAGGACUUGGAUAUUGAGGAAGAUGGUCUGAAAGCUGAUAAUCUGAAAUCAGAUUAUUUGGCUAUGCCAACACAAUCCACUGAGCUAACUGCUGACGAAUUAGCGGAACUUAUGAAUUAAUUAAAUUAUUUGUACUGUUUCUUAAUAAUUUACGUUUGAGAGUUUUUUUUAUUAUAUUAACGAUUUUUGCUAAUAUUAAAAAUGCAUUUUGUAUGUUUGUAAUGCUAUAUACUGAAAUAACUACCAGUUGGGAACUCUGUAUGAACUGUAAAAAUUAAUUCCCAUGCUGGACCAGAUUACACGCCUAACGUAUA